GGAAAGGCGUAGUCCUAAAGGGAAUGCCCGCAUCGGCAAAGGGUUAGACCUACGGCGCCGCCGUCAGGUGCGCGCAUGGUCUCAGCGGCGCGCCCAUGUCCAAGACUGUGGGCAAGCCGGCCUUGGCCAAGAUCCAACGGGAGCUGCGCGAGAUCAGCAAGGACCCGCCGACCAACUGCACGGCGGGACCUGUGGACCCGAAGGACUUGUUUCUCUGGCAGGCCACCAUCGUAGGGCCCGACGACUCACCGUUCGAAAAAGGUGUGUUCAAGCUCAAAAUUCGCUUUCCCGAGGACUACCCUUUCAAGCCACCCGAAGUGAAGUUCAACACGCGAAUCUAUCACCCAAACAUCAACAACAACGGCUACAUCUGCCUGGACAUUCUCAAGUCGCACUGGUGCCCGUCCCUGACCAUAGCCACGGUGCUGAUGUCCAUCAUGGUGCUCAUGUGCGACCCAAAUCCGGACGACCCUCUCGUACCCGAGGUGGCCAACGUGUACAAGACGGACAAAGAGGCCUACAACGCCAUCGCCAAGGAAUGGACCAGACGUUACGCUAUGGAGUGACACUGCGUGC